CCUCUGUCUGCUACGCAACAUGAAGGUGUACGUCGUCCUGUCAGCACUUGCUUUCUGCGUCGUCGCCGAGCCACCAGUCGACCGGUCGUACCUGCCUCCCAGCUCAGAGUACGGACCUCCCUCUGCCUCCUCCCUCAGCUCUCAGUACGGCGCCCCAGCAGCCAAUGGCCUCAGCACUCAGUACGGAGCUCCUUCAGCCAACGGCCUCAGCACGCAGUACAGUGCACCUUCACUAACAGGCGCCGCUUUUGGUCGCUCAGGCGCUUCCAGCCAGGCUCCAGCAGCUCGCGUCUCCUCCAGCUUUGGAAGCGCCUCCUCCAGGAGGUUUGGAUCUGGCAGGAGGAUCGGUGGUGGUCUCUCCACUCGCUAUGGCGCUCCUUCGGCGGCUGGCCGUGCCACUGGGUUAGGAGGACUCGGUCUGUCCACACAGUACGGCGCGCCUUCAUACUCUGGUGACGCGUUCUCCAGUCAGUACGGUGCGCCAUCUGAUAACGCUGGCGGCCUUUCUCCAGUCUAUGGAGUGCCCGGAUAUGCCUACAAUCGGGCUGGAGCCCAAGAGGACGCACUUGCCGAGCCGGCCAACUACGAGUUCAGCUACUCGGUGCAGGACGGCGAGACGCUGAGUGACUUUGGACAAGAGGAGUCCAGGCAGGGGGAGAGCGCCCAGGGCCAGUACCGCGUGCUGCUGCCUGACGGCCGCAAGCAGAUCAUCUCCUACCAGGCGGAUGAGGGCGGCUACAGGCCCACCAUAGAGUACCAGGACACCGGACUCACCGCCUACUCCCCCGGCGGAUACGGCUACGGCAGGGGGCGCGCCGGAGCUGGAGCUGGAAACGGUGGAUACCACUACUGACCAAUUACUGGACUGUUCUGAACACGCAAGAAACGAUUAUUCCAUCGGAUAUACAACUUAAAAGUGUAGUGAAGUUAUAUUAUGUAUACAUGUAGAUAUUUAUGAAGAAUGGAUGUUAUUAUUCUUGUGUUUGAAUGAGAAUCUGGUACCUCGCGUCCACUA